AUGUGGACAGGGUGGAUUACCAUCAGCCUGGGCGUUGGCAGUAUGUCACUGUUGGGCUUGCAAUCCUCCAGAAGCCUUCAAUUCGGCCUCCAGGUCCCGGGAGGAAUAGGUGUGGGCGUAUUGUACACAAUAAUCGCCAUUCCCUUGCAGGCGACGAUGCACGUUGAUGAUGUCGGUCUUGCAGUGGGCACUCUGGUCUUCUUCAGGCUGACUGGUCAGAUUAUUGGUCUGGCAAUCAGUGCCGCCAUCUUUUCUAAUACCUAUACUACUCGUGCUUCGCGCUGGGAGAACCUGCCGGCGAUAGCGGAGCAGUUCAGAGACGGUAGUGCGGCAGUCUACGCCAUCGGAAAAUUAUCGUCUCUUGACGGAUAUCCGAGCAAGGACACACAAAAACACCUAGAGGAUAUACAAAAGAACCUCGAGGAUACACAAAUAGACCUCGAAGAGGCACAGAAAGCCCUCAUCAAAUAUGAGCGGACGUUUGACGCAUAUACAAUUGAGGUGCAGUCAAUUGUGCUGGAUAAAUGGGCUGGGAAGUCUAUCAGUAAUACUAGGAGGUCUCAGCGGAACGCUGCUGCCCACGGUGGUAGUAUCCUUGCCGAUUACGACGUGAUCCUCCGGGAGGUGGACUAG